CGAAAAUACACUAAUAAUAUCCCCUAGCCAGCAAUGUCUGCCCUCCUUGUGUUUGGGGGACUGCUAUUCCUGCUAGUAUUUGGACUUGCUUUGCAGUGCAGUGAUGCAGCAGCUCUUCUUGUUCCCAGUGCUGCUGAACAUCCUGCUAAUUGCACGGAGCGUGAGAGAAUGGCCCUUCUUGAUUUCAAGAAGCACAUCACUGAUUCAAGCAACCUCCUAUCUUCUUGGGUGGGACAAGACUGUUGUUCUUGGGAUGGUGUUCACUGUGACAACACAACUGGCAACAUCAUAGGACUGGCCCUUGGCCAGCAGGGAUCAGAAGAUUUCUACAUGCCACUGGGAGGUGAGAUCUCUCCAUCUUUGCUUCAACUUCAACACUUGAGUUAUCUUGAUUUGAGUGGGAAUUUCUUCAGUGACCCAAACAUUCCAUCAUUCAUCAGCCAGUUCAAGGAGUUGAGUUACCUCAACCUCUCUAAUGCUGGAUUUUACGGACUCAUUCCUGCUAGUUUUGGAAAUCUCUCAAGUUUGCACACUCUUGAUCUCUCACACAAUAAUCUUUUUAUUUCUGAGCCUGCACACCAUGAAUGGCUUUCUCAUCUUACUUCAUUGAAACACCUGGAUAUGAGUGCUGUACCCUUUGGCGAUAACUCAUCUAGUAGCAGCUUGUUCCUAACUCUCAACAAGCUUCCUUCCAUAAAUGAGAUACGCAUGUCCAACUGUGAGUUAGAAAAGUUCCCUCUUUCCCUUCCUCAUCUCAACUUUUCAUCUCUAUCCAUUCUUGAUCUCUCUUUCAACUAUAUCAAUUUCUCGGGGAUUUCCUGGGUGUUCAACAUCAAGAGCCUUCAAUAUCUAGACCUCAAUUUCAAUGUUCAUCACGUCACCAGGAUCCCACGUCUCGGUGUGCAAAGUCGUUAUAUUCCUAAGAUACAAUAUAGCAAGAUAAGCAUACCUGAAAGCUUAGGCAGUCUCUGCAGCUUGCGAACUCUAGACUUAUCUUGGUUGAAUAUCAGCAAGAAACUGGUUGAACUUGGAUCUAUUUUCUCUGGCUGUCUUAAGCAUAGUCUCACUCGUUUACAAUUAAGAUAUGCUAAUCUUGAUGGAGAUAUACCAGACUGGAUCGGGGACAUCAAGAAUCUCAAGGUUCUUGAUCUCUCAACCAACUCACUCUCUGGCUCUGUUCCUUUAUCCCUAGCAAGGCUUUCUUUUUUAGAGGAAUUAUUUCUUGUUUCUAAUCAACUAACAGGAUCAUUACCAGAGGAGAUUGGAAAUCUUGCAGAGCUAGUACAUUUGGAUCUUUCUCAUAAUCAGAUGUGUGUUAUUAUAUCUGCACAACACUUCACUCGACUAAAGAAAUUAGAAACACUAGCUAUGUCUGGUAAUUCAUUGGUUUUCAAUGUGAGUUCUAAUUGGGUUCCUCCUUUUCUCCUCAAUGAAUUAAGAAUCAGGUCCUGUUCAGUUGGUCCGGAAUUCCCAACAUGGCUUCAAACACAACACAAAUUGGAAGUACUUACAAUGUCCCACAAUAGAAUCUCCAGCACUGUGCCUGAUUGGUUGUGGAACUCGACUACUCACAACCUCGUUGAUUUAGACCUCUCUGAUAACCAGAUUCAGGGGAUGAUCCCUGAAUUCUUAACUUUCACUCACAUGGAAAACCUUGAUCUUUCUUCAAAUUUGUUCUCAGGUCCUUUACCAGAUCUCCACAUGCAUAGCCCCUUCUUCUCUUACAUAGAUCUUUCUAAUAACUCUUUUUCAGGUCACAUCCCUCGAAUUAUAGUAAAUAACACCACUUUAUUUCCUUAUUUUGGAAUCUCAAUUUCAAUGAACAAAUUACAUGGCAGGGUUCCUGAUUGGUUGUGUCAAGUGAAGGGACUUGAAUUCAUCGAUAUCUCUAAAAACCAUUUAUCAGGUGAGCUCCCUGAUUGCUGGUUGGAUUCAUUUACACUAUCAAAUAUAAAUUUGGCAUACAACAACAUAUCUGGAUCUAUACCAGAUUCAAUAUGUCAUCUUCGUGGUUUGAACUCACUACUGUUGAGCCAUAAUAGAUUGUCUAGCGAGUUCCCUAAUUCCUUGAAGAACUGCAGUCAAUUGAUCGUUCUUGAUCUUGGCUAUAACAGCUUCAUUGGAAGCAUACCAACAUGGAUAGGAGAAUGCCUGUCAUCUUUAAUGGUUCUCAUCUUAAAGUGGAAUGCCUUUGCUAAUCACAUCCCACAAGAAAUUUCUCACCUCAAGAAUCUGCAAAUACUCGAUUUGUCAAGCAAUAAUCUCUCAGGUCCUAUUCCAAAGGGUUUGAGCAACUUGACCGUCAUGCAAAUGCUUCCAGAGACUACUAAUUGGUUACCCAUUUUGCUCCAAAAUAGUGAAACUGUGUUCUUGAGUUUUAGGGGAAGGGAAGAUGCGUAUGGUGAAAAUCGUAUUGGAUAUGUAAAUUACAUUGACUUUUCCAGUAAUAAGUUGUUAGAGAACAUCCCUGAAGAGCUAACAAGUUUGUAUGGUCUUCAAAGUUUAAACCUCUCUGGAAACACUUUAGAAGGUGAGAUUCCAGACAAAUUGGGCAGAAUGAAGCAGCUACAAUCACUAGACUUAUCAAGAAAUGAACUCUCAGGGAGUAUACCAGCAACUUUAUCAAAUUUGGCUUUCUUGAGCCUCUUCAAUGUAUCUCAUAACAACUUAUCAGGAAGGAUACCAUCAGGAAGAGCCAAGUAAUGGAAAUGAUGAAGAUGAUGGGAUGCUAUGGAUGUACAUUGGAUCUUUAUCAGGGUUUGCAAUGGGAUUCUGGACUCUUUGGGGUGUCUUAGCAUUCAAGAAGAAGUGGAGGUAUGCCUAUUUCCGUUG